AUGCAUGUGAUUCAUUUAUCACUUCUAAUUGUUUUCAUAAGAAAUGCAUUUGGUGGAGUAUCUUCUAGUUGGACGUACACUUAUGAUCCUAGUUCAACUGUUUGGAAUCCAUUGAAAGGCCUUGUUCCUUAUUAUUAUUAUACAAGUUCUCAACCUCAAGUUAAUUUUCCACAUUCAAUGGAAAAUCAAUAUUUUCCAAUGAAAAAUUUAAUGACUGGUCCAAAUUCAUUCGAUUUCUCUUCGCUCGAUACUGUUUUGAGAAAUGUUGCAAGUAGAAAUCAUCAUGCUAUUGUUCGAGUCUAUGUUGAUUGGCCUGGACAAAAUUUGAGUAUAUCUCUACCUGAUUUUCUUUGGAAUGGACUUACUUUAUAUCCCGGAGAUGUCGGUCAAGGUCUCUUUCCCGAUUAUAAUAAUCAAACUCUAAUCAAUGCUAUGGUUACUCUUAUUCAAGCUUUAGGUCGAGCCUAUGACGGAGAUAUUAGAAUUGGAUUUUGGCAGGUGGGGUUUCUAGGUCAUUGGGGUGAAUGGCAUACUUCACCUAAUACGACUUAUUUUGCAUCAACAUCUCAUCAAGAUCCGAUUAUUGCUGCUUUUACUUCAUCUUUUACUAAAACAAUUAUUCAACUUCGUUAUUUUGCUGUUACUGGAAGUUAUAAUCCAACAAGUUUAAAUGUAGGAUUUCAUGAUGAUUCUUUUGAUCAAGAUACAUACGGAUUAUCUUGGAUGUUCUAUAAUACCAGUGUAGCAGUAGGAGCUGCGAAUCAAUGGAGAAGUCGACCUAUUGGAGGUGAAGUUCGUCCUGAAUUGAUGCCUUGUGCAUUUGCAAGCGAUCCUGUAACAGCUUGUCAAUCAAUAACUGAUUUAACACCUUUGGAUUGGGCUACUUGUGUUCAAUUGACUCAUUCAACAUACCAGUGGCUUUCUUAUGCUUUCUACACUCCUGGAUAUAGUAGCUCAGAUUAUAGUAGAGCUGUUAAUGGAUCUAUUAUGCAAGGAUACUCUUUCUAUGUGUCUGAAAUAACUGCUACAGAGAUGACUUGUUCAGGAUAUUCACAUGUUAUAAGAAUAGGUGUUACGAUGUCUAAUGCUGGAGUUGCACCAUUUUAUUAUCCACUGAUUCUAAAUGUAAAAGCUAUCGAUACUACUCGCAGAUCUCCAGUCGUCUACAAGUCGAUCUCCGUUCCAAUUUUCAAUCAACUCGAUCAAGUUUUCUUUGUUUACUCUUUCGAUAUAGCGGUGCAAACCUUUGGAAUGAUACAAUUUUCCAUUUGGCUCAGUAGUCCAAAUCUGGUUGGAAGUCAAGCAAUUGUAUUUGCUAUUUCCGGUGCCAGUACUUCGGGAAUUAUCCAGCUUCCCGCAUUUCCUAUUGGGUCUUGUGCGACGCAAAGCUUUAGCGCAGGUUGUACGUCUUAUAUCACCUCUGCACAGGCUAAUGGAACUCAGAGCACUUCAUAUACUGCAACUCCCAGUUCUAAUGUUCAUUUAUUGCUGUCACCUACGAAUGUCAAACGAGUAGUAGAAUGGAACACACUUAAAGUUAAAUGGGGACCAGAUCCGUUGGUAACUAACGAUGAUGCCUUUGUUCGACAGCCGCGAACAAUACAACAAGCCUUACAAGAACAAUAUAAAAAGCUUCCAAAUGGACUAGGAGAUCAAUGUAUUGGUAAGACAACUGUUGGUUAUCGCUACUGGAAAAAUAAUGAUACUGCAGUUAUUCUUCUAUUUGAUAGACAAGGAACUAUUGCUGGUAUUCAAAUGGCUUUUCCUCGAUUAUUAGCUAAGGAUAAAUUUUAUUCGUACGAUACGCAAAAACUGUUCAAUAGAGAGACAAUUAAUAAUGUUGACAUGUACACAAUUACUGCCUAUUUUAUCGAACCAGCUAAAAUAUGCACUGUGGGACGAACACUAUCACGUCUUGAACAUGAAGGAACAGGAACAGGUCUCUUUUUUCAAAAUGGCACAAAUCCAUUGCAAGAUUCUAUUGAAGUACCAUUUUGGGAGAAUGAUAUUGGUAGAACAAAAUGGACUCGAGGAGCGUGUUUCAAAACGAUGGGUAAUCAUUACUGGUAUGAUAAUCAUUUGAAUAAGAACUGUUCCGAGUUUCUACCAGGCUUUGCACUGUACAACAAAGGACAAUUGAGUGCCUUUGGAUGGAGUAUUGUUGGCAAGUUUGACUUCUCUCCACGCAUUGAAUUUCCACCAAAGGCAGCUAUUCUUUCGUUUCUCAAUCCUGUUCCAAAAUGUAUGUUUCAACAAUACGAUGACGCUGGUGGCUUUAGUACAAUGCAUAUCUAUUUCAACACAGAUCCAGCCAAUCUUGAAUGUUAG